CGCAGGCACGCACACGUCUGUCUCUCCGUGCACGCGCGAGAAUGGGCAACUGCAUCGUGCCUUACUGCGAUGGGCCCAAAAACACCAACAUCCGAUUUACUCUGCCAGCCGUGUGCUUUGUGUGGCAGAGCGCCAUGAUCAUCCUGUUCGGUGUGUUCGUGCGCUAUAAUGAAGAAGCAGACACUCAUUGGGUUGAAUUUAAAGCUAAACACAAUAUAACGAGUGACAUUGAGAAUGACUUCUACUACAGAUAUCCAAGUUUCCAGGAUGUCCAUGUUAUGAUUUUUGUGGGGUUUGGAUUCCUCAUGACAUUUUUGAAGCGAUAUGGGUUCGGUGCUGUUGGUUUCAACUUCCUCAUUGCAGCAUUUGGGCUUCAGUGGGCACUCUUAAUGCAAGGGUGGUUCCACUCUCUGGACCCAGCUGAUGGCCUUAUCAAAAUAGGAAUGGAAAACUUAAUCAAUGCAGACUUUUGUGUGGCUGGCUGUUUGAUUGCAUAUGGAGCAGUUCUUGGGAAAGUCAGCCCUGUGCAGCUCAUGGUGUUGACCCUGUUUGGAAUUACCUUGUUUGCUGUAGAAGAAUAUAUAAUACUUAACCUUCUUCAUGCCAAAGAUGCUGGAGGUUCUAUGGUGAUCCACACCUUUGGGGCCUAUUAUGGUCUAUCCAUCUCAUGGGUCCUCUACCGGCCAAACUUAAAGGAUAGCAAUCACCUGAAUGGCUCAGUCUACCAUUCUGAUUUGUUUGCCAUGAUUGGAACAUUGUUUUUGUGGAUGUUCUGGCCCAGUUUUAAUUCUGCCAUUUGUGACCAUGGAGAUGGUCAGCAAAGAGCAGCCAUUAACACCUACCUGUCUCUGGCUGCCACUGUCCUCACCACCGUUGCCAUCUCAAGCCUGUUUCAAAAGCAUGGAAAACUGGAUAUGGUGCACAUUCAGAAUUCCACCCUGGCUGGUGGUGUUGCUGUAGGAACAGCUGCUGAGUUCAUGCUAAUGCCAUAUGGCUCUCUGAUAGUAGGAUUCUGCUGUGGUCUCAUCUCCACACUGGGCUACAUUUACCUCUCACCCUAUUUGGAGAAAAAGUUAAAGAUCCAGGACACAUGUGGUAUCCAUAACCUGCAUGGAAUGCCUGGUGUUAUAGGGGGAAUUGUGGGAGCUAUCACAGCUGCUGCUGCUUCUGUACCUGUAUAUGGUGAAGAGGGGUUGAUAAACACAUUUGACUUUACGGGCUCAUUCAAAAACAGAUCUCCAGCUGUCCAAGGUGGCUACCAGGCAGCUGCAAUGUGUGUCGCUAUAUGCUUUGGAAUAGGAGGUGGAAUAUUUGUGGGCCUAAUCCUGAGGAUGCCCAUAUGGGGGUCUGUAACAGACGACAACUGUUUUGACGACAGUGUCUACUGGGAGGUGCCUGAUAAGGAGGAACCAGCUCCACCUGUUCUAGAGUAUAACAAUCACAUGGCAAGCAACAAGAAUGUGACGGAAACACGCUUCACUGUGGAACAGAGCUAAUUCUGGAAGACCAACAUGCUACCAUCAAUGACUGCGAAUUCAGUGACCACGUUUUCUUUCUAAAAAUUACAUUAUAGGUGGAUCUAUAUUAUAUAAUCUUUUAUGAUGACCACUUAUUAGAUUGGCCAUAUACUGUAUGUGUACUUAUGUUAAUUUGGUUUUAUUGCACAUCACACCCAGAUUUCCUUAUCAAACACUAAAGUGAAGCAGUGUUGGAAAGGGAAGUGUUUUUAAAAUGUUAUUUCAUAUACAGAGGUGGGUCAUAGCCUAAAUAAAGGAUUGCCCUCUUCAGUAUUUCAUUAUAACUUUCCUUCUCACUGAACAGUUUUUAAGAGGGAAAUUGCAAAUGUUUGUACUUACUUGCAAACUGUCUCUGCAUUUUUAAUGGUAUUGUUUUUCAUGGGUUGAACCAGACUAUGUCCUUUUAGUGCUUAGCAUGUCGUGCGACAUUUCUCCUUCACAGUGGCCAUAAAGAUGUUCAAAAAUAAAUCACUUUUUUUACAGUACAAAUACAGAAAGGCUUCAUAUCCUACUUCAGACUGUUCGAUCAAGCUAAAUUCACAUUCAAACUUUCAAAUGAUUGUUUAGAUGAAAUUCAGUAGAUAAAUAGUUGUUAGAUUAUAUAUAUAUAUAUAUAUAUAUAUAUAUAUAUAUAUAUAUAUAUAUAUAUAUAUAUAUAUAUAUUUUAGAUAUUAGAUUAGAUUAGUUUUAUUUAUUUGCCCAAGAGAAAAAUAGAAUCCAGUUUUCAUAAUAUUAUUUGAAUGCUAAAAAUGUGUGAUAACAACCCAAGAUAUUUCUUUACAUUUUAAUUUCCUGUUUUGAAUUAUAUUUAUACCUCCAUAUAGUUUAAUGUAAUUUAAGUUAAAUCUAUAAUCAAUGUAAGUUUUUAAAUAAUCAGUGACAAUAUUAUUCAUGUUUUAUGUUGUUUAUGAUUUUAGUUUAAUAAUAAAAAAAUGUUCAGUCUAUUUCACUGACCUUGCUGAGACACAGUCUUUCCUUGCCUUGUAUAAGGUUCCAUCUCUGUUUUUUUUCUUCACUCAUGCUCAUGGUUUUGUAAAUAAAAGCUCUUAUCAAUA